GUUUGGGGAUCUAAUUUUAUUUCGGUCUCAACAAAUAAAACAAAUAUAUCACAUGGAAACGGCUUUAUUGGAGAGGCAGUUCUCGGCAGGGAGCCAUAUAAGGUGCUCCAGGUCGUCAACAAGCGAAACCCUUAUAAAAAAAUAGGAACAUGGAAUGCCAGAACAAUGCUACAAACAGAAAAACUAGAAAAUGUAAAAAUUGAAAUGAAUAGACAAAAUAUAGAAAUAUUAGGUUUAAGUGAAACAAGAUGGGGUGGAAAUGGUGAUUUUACAUCAGAUCAGUACAGAAUAAUACACUCAGGAAAACAAAAAGGAUAA